GUAAACGAAUUAACGAAUCUAAUAACCACCCAAUACAAACGAAAAACUUACAACCAGCGGACGCAUCAUAUUUGCGACGUGAACCGCCAAAUAAUUUAGAUCAAAGGUCUAUAUUAAAGGAAGCCGCUUUGGUUCUGAAACAAGUAGAAAGAACAAAGUGUAAAGCAGAACCAGUUGAAGAAAGUAAAGUUGUUACACCAUCUUUGAAAUAUAAACAGUCAAAAGUAAUAGCAACCGCAAAUAAAUUCAAUUCGUUACCAACCCGAAGAAAAAAUAAGUCCGGAAAGCUACUUGCCCGGAGUAAGUGAUACAAAUUUAACCCAAAUAGAUGAAGAUAUUCGAUUUAAAGAGAGUGGUGGUCGUCGAUUAAUACGCGGUAAAAGUAACUUAACUGAUUUUAUAUGCAAAGAAAACGAUAAAAGUGCGUUAUUAGAAAACGAC